GCGCGCGUCGCGCAACGCCGGCCGCUUUCAUGUAUAUAACGGACCGGUCUUGGCAAAGUGUCACCAGUGAAUCGUCGUCGGCUGUCAGUAUCAUCGCGAGCUACUCCAAAAGCACCUUCGCCGAGAAAAUGAGAAGCUGCACGUUCGUCUUCGUCGCCCUCGUGGCUGCUCUCCUCUGUGCCGCCGAAUAUGCCCGUGCGAAGGAGAUCUGUGCCCAGGAAAAUUGUUUAACGCCGAAUAAGUGUGACGAACAGGUGAAGAGUGAUAUUCUAUGCCCCGAACAGGGCACCUCGUGCUGCAGCAUAGUCAAAAAAGAAUAUCAGACUCAUUGCCGCCAUUUUGGUGGAAUCUGUAUGGACAAAUGUGCCAUCAUGCUGCAGCACCAGGUCGUCGACUGUCCGAACAAUCAAGUCUGCUGCACCUUGGUUUAAGAAAUCACGAGGGUCAAAGUAUCAACAGGGGCGCAAGGCCGCAAAAGCAUAAUCUCACUUCGAUUACGACAAAACGGGAUCCUAAUGUAAUUUAAUUGUAAGUUAGAAUAUCGAGGAAAAAUGUUGCUCGAUCGGAUCCGAUGGAUGAUAGCUCCGUCGUCGAAGAGCGCGCGUUGCUGUUUGCCUUUUCAGCUGGAAAACGCGCUCCUCUCAAAAGAAUUGACUCGUAUGUCACCUUUGAUGUGUCACAUUACCGCGAAACGACUUAAUUGGAUUCGUAAUUAUAACGGUAAUAAUUCUGUUUGCGAUUAUUAAUAUAAUGGGGCAUGGGUACGAUGUAUUAACGACGAUAAUUGUCGAGAGAGAAGAAGAGAGGGAGAAGAAUCAUGCGCUUCAAAAACGUCCGAUAAACAUGAAAUAUGUCCGGAAAAAAAUAUGUCACAGGAAUAAUAUGGUAUCGAAUGAGAAGGCGAAUUAAUUACAAAUUCGCGCGCGGUGAUACAUGUAUAAACAUAUAUAGUAUAUACAAUCGAAAUGAACUUCACUCGCAAAUUAUCGCCAGGUGAAACGGCGAUCAGCAAAGUUUUUGUAAACUUGUGUAAAAAUCGACAAGACACGACGACAAAACGCGCCGCUUUUUAUUUUUUAAUUCGUCCGGCGUGUGCCUGCUUCGCUCUCGACACGUGAGCGACUCGUACGCGCGCCGUGCAAUAAAUUAUAUUAUGUAACUUCAAUUAUAUUAUGCGACUUCGAGUGCGAUCGCGGAUCGACGAUCGUCCGCGAUGUGAUUGAGCUUUAAAUAUUUUUAAUAAAAUUCUCACGGCGUGUUGUAGUUACCGAAA